AUGAUGGACCGAUUCCGCAAACACAAGAAGGCAAAGGAGGCCGCGGAGGAUCAAGAAGGGACAUCGCCAGGAUUCAGCCUGAAGCCGAAGAAGAAGGUGGAACCGGAACCCAAACCAGAUUUCGACCUAUCCGCCGCACUACCCCCGACAGACAACUUCCGCACCAGUCUGCUAAUGCCUAAAUUGUCGGCUCGAUUUAGCAUGCUGAAGGAACAGGACGACCCACUAUCAAUGCUAGGCAAGGCUAGUGAUGAUAGCGUUUUGUUUCCCAAGCGCGCUUCCCGACUCAAUUUGUUCGGUCACAGCCCCGCCAUGCUGGCAGAUAUCGACGAAGUUAGCUCCAAUGACGGUAGUCGACCAUCUUUUGCACUUGACCGCACCGCUUCUUACGCUUCCGGUGGGGAUGGGGGUUAUGGUACAGACGAUGACCGAUCCCAGGCGGGUAGUAUGAUGAGCAGAGCCCGUCGCGCAGAGGGCAACAAUUUGUUCGGAGGUCGCCAAAAGAUUUACAAGAUUCCGGUCAGGUCGCCAGGGACAACAACCCCCGAUGCGCCAGAGGCUAGUCGUCGGGGAAUGGGAAAACCGGUCUAUGACCACGACAUGAACCUAUCUGCGUUCCAGCGGUUGCGUCUCAAGGAAAAGGAAGACAAAUCGGCGGAGGCCGCUCGGGAGUCUGGAUAUGCCGCUUCAACUGCCUCAUCUAACAGCCGAGCCACAUACUCCUCCACCGCAUCUGGGCCUAUAUCAACAGUUGCAACAUCAACUGCAGGAACCUCAGCCGACGAGCCACCGUUGAAUACAUCCCAAUCUCCAGUGACUGGUUAUCCGUUCCCCGAAACCCUUCCUGAAGCCCCUCGACCCGGUCCUGCCCCCAUGUCUGCCCCGCGCAAUGGUUCGAUCCGGAACCGUCGUCUCUACGGCCAGGGAUUGACUCAGACUGCUCAGAGCCAGCAGAGCUCAACCUUGAACCGCCUGGAGAGUCUGAGUCGUCAGCGUGCCGGCACUCCAGAUCUCCCCUCUUUGAACCGUAACUACUCCAGAAGUGCCACCAACUUGCGGGACCGCCUGGAAAAACUUGCAAUUGCCGAACCGGCUUCUACCUCACGGCCGACUAGCCCUCCGUCAUCCGCAACAUCACCAAAGCCGCGCAUGUCCGGAGAACCCACGUUCAGAGACCGUCUCUCGCCUACAGCAGCAACGUUUGGGGCUCCUCCCCUGAGCCCUCCCACAAGCGAGAACGACGAAGUUCCAUCUCUGUUGGCUGCGUCGAUUUACCCAGAAGAUCAUGGAAAGGCUACCGCCAUGGGCUUGUUCAACCGGCCUGCCACUGGUUUUGAUGAGCAGGCAUUCUCCCGCCGCCAACUUCAAAUGCACCAAGGACGAGAGACCCCGCCUCCGCGCCGUGCAUCACCCCCGCGUCGACCUCUACCUGCAGAACCCGCCGGCCGUGCUCGGGGACUAUCAAAGUCCAGCUAUUGUUCCCGAGCAGAGUCCGCGUCGUCUCACUAUAGUAGUGAUGCGCACCGCGGCGUCGAUCAUUCUUCUGCACCCAGCGUUGAGGCCUCUCCCUUCAGACCCGGAGUGAGGACCUUCUAUGCCAACUCAAGUGCCAGCGAGUCUGGCGAUGAAGGAGAGAACCGCUCUUCGCAUGAUCUCCCAUCUGCGACUUCGCUAGCCACCGAGUACAGCCCGCCGCUUCAGCACUCUAGCGUAGCAUCUGACAAGCCAUCAACUCCCACGAAGGAUCACCUCGAAACGCUCCCCGAAGUGAGAUACUCCGACCUAGGUGAUCUUAGACCUAUCGACGAGAAUGACCUUGACUGCACAACUUUUUCUCCUGGAAUCAGCGAUAACACACCCAAGAGACCUGACUCACCAACUCUGCAACCGGAUCAAGGCUUUGGUGGAAUGGCGGGAAUGGUCCGAUCUCACCUGCGCCAGGAAAGCGAGAAAUCUGUGAACUCCCCUCCUUCACCUCGCUUGUCGGAGCACCAGAAUGAUAGCCACUCCCCUGAGGCCAAGACCCAGAAAUCGACCCCCCAGGCACCGACUGAUCUCCCCAUGACGGCAGAACCCCGCGAAGAGGGUCGGCCAUCAUCAGGAACCCGCCCAGGAACAUCGAGCUCGCAAGCUCCUUCUGGGAAUUCUGCCGAGGGUUCGCGUUCUCGAAACAGCCAAGAGUCAUCUGCACCUGGAACUAUUCCUGACACAGCUUCUGUAUCGAACGGAUCAUCCUGGAGGGAGGAAUUAGAACUUCAUCAUCGCCGUCAUGGGAGCACUGAGACCCAAAAGGAGCGAGAGGAAUUCGCCGUCGAGCUGGCAGAGAGGCGUAGAAAGGUGCAGGAGAAGCUGCGAAGUGUCGCUGAGAGCGACAGCCGAUCCAGCAGUCCCACCCCGGGCCGGUCAACUCCAGACUUCGCCAGGGCUGGUAACGCAUUUGCGAUGUUGAAGCAAAAGUCUAGCAAACAGGCUGCCGCCAAGCCAGACCAGAAGAAGUUGUUCGGUUAUGCUGGUGGCAAUUCGUCCACGCCUGCUCUCUGUUCAGAUGACUCGUGGCGUGAAGAGGAGAGGCCCUCUUUCAGCUUCGGCCGGCACUCCAACUCCAGCUCUCCCCAUAUCGGAUCAGAGCGUUCGCUUAGGUCUCGUAUGCCAUCUCUCAGCCGCGACAACAGCUAUGAAGGUUCGCGGGAGUCCAGCCGCAGCCGUGGCCACUCGCCUUUUCGAAACCAGAGAGAUCGUGCAGGCUCGGAUGCGUCGGGCCGGUCCAAGAGUCGGACCAGACUUCGCGAACGGGAUGACCUUGAAACUGUGGAUGAGGGCUCAAUCAUUGCACAUGAAAAAUUCGUUGCUCCCGAGGGCUAUGAGCCUCCCGUGCCUGUCCCGCGCCCUACGUCGAGCCGCCCAUCAGCAGAAAUGUCUGACACUGUGAACUUCGACCGCGCUCCCUCUGCCGCUUCGGGCAGAUACCGCAGUAGCAGCCGAUCCGGUACGCCAAGCUUCCAAUAUGAACGGCCAUUCCAGUUCUCGCAGUCCAACACGUCUUCGAUCAUCGGUGCCUCGCCCCGGGCCCCACCCGCUGCCCCGGCCUACUCUGCCAAUGCUACCCCUCCGCUGAACGAAAUGCCGGCAGACAACUCGUCUACAUCCCAGGCUUCUUCGUCCAGCGGCCCGCAGAUUCCCCAACGUGGUUUGGGACACGGCCCUCUCACGAAGCGCCCUGUGAACAAGAAGCAAAUCUCCGAGCCGACCUUUAUUUCAUCCACAUCAAACGUCCCUCUCGUCGGACUGCCACCCGGAUCCGCGCUGCCUUCACCCAGCGGCGCACCUCCAGUGCCACCUAUGAACCCGCGCCGUCGCCGCGGAACUGCCACUCAAACCAUCUUGGGUGCGUUCAAGAGCGACAAGAACGACUCUUCACGGGUCUCUUCUCCCGCCCCGAGCGCCGGCGACGAACACAGUGUCUUCCCAGAUGAAGAAAAACGUCCGCGGUCCCGCAAUCGUCUCCGCAAGACUUCGAGCGAGGCUGGUAACCUGAACGCGCGGGCGCGCCAGGGAUCCAUGACCGGCACUCCGCCAUCUGUGCCUCAAUACCCGCCUCCCGCUAUCCCUGUCGAUGGAGGCAUGUUCUGA